AUGUGUCCUCUGCAGAUGGUCCUGGUGCUCCUGAACAUACCUCUGGCGACAGUGUUUGUGCUGAGCUGCAUGUGUGCCGUGCCGCUGCAGGGCCAGAAGCCGGGUCAGGUGGACCCCCUGGCAACCCACCGGGCGAACCCGCAGUGCUGGGACUUCUCCUCGGCGCUGCUGCUGGAGAUGCGCUCCCCGAGGAUCGCUGACACAGUGCCCGCCUUCUGGGACAUGAUGGUGUUCCUCAGGUCGUCAGAAAACCGCAAACACACUGCGCUGUUCUGGGACCUGGCCCGGGUGUUCUGGGACAUCUAUGUGGACUGCGUGUUGUCCAGGAGUCACGGCCUGGGACGGAGACACAUCACCGCUGUACACUCCCUCAUAACUAACAGCUUCGAAGGUGGUGGAGCUGCUUCAGGUCCAUAUCUGGAGCUCCUGUUGGAUAUGAAUGGUGACAGAGCAGUUCACUUCACUGUUUGA